CGGCUUUGUGACGACGACUACUUGAAACGGAAGCGAACAGUUGCGUCAAAAGCAGAAAAAAUGAACCGACACUCAGAAAGAAACCAAUUUCCUCCACCACAGUUAUUCAAAUUUGAUAACUUGGAGAAUCAUGUUCAGGACCAUCUGAAGAGGGUGUAUGGCUGCCUUUCCAUCUCCAUGUUCACCGCCUUCGCGGGGGCCUAUGUUCACCUUUACACAGCAUGGCUCCAGGCUGGUAUACUGACCAUGCUUGCCUCACUGGGCCUGAUGAUUUGGCUUGCCUCUACCCAUCACUCUAAGGAGACUGAGACCAAGAGACUGGGUAUCUUUGCUGGCUUCACAUUCUUCACAGGAAUGUCACUUGGACCUCUCCUGGACUACGUCAUCACGGUUGACCCAAGCAUCAUUGUGACAGCACUCAUGGGGACUUCAGUCAUCUUCAUUAGCUUUUCACUGGCAGCACUGUUCAAUACCAACCGUACCUUCCUGUACAUGGGAGGAUUCCUGUUGAGUGCAUUGAGCUGGUUGUGUCUGGCUGGACUCCUAAACAUUUUCAUUGGGUCGAGACUAAUCUGGGAGGUUCAGCUCUAUGCUGGUCUGUUUAUCUUUUGUGCCUUUGUGCUGUACGAUACCCAGAUGAUCGUUGAGAAGAAGCGAAUGGGGGAUGAUGACUACAUCUGGCACAGUGUGGAUUUGUUCUUGGACUUCAUCCAAAUCUUCCGUCGUCUCCUGAUCAUUCUGUCCAACAAGGACAAGAAGAAGGAAAAGAAUUAAGAGAUGGAGAAUUGAUGAGGUUUGGCAGAUGGCAGUUACUGAGAUGACAACUCCAAAAACACUUGAAGGAAAGUUCUACAUUCCCGAAAUACAGGAUUAUGGAUAGCAUACAAGAAGUAUUACGGAACUGAACUGUAUUAUUAUAUAUAUUUAGUGAAAAUAUUGUUUUGGAGAAAAGAGAACUUUGACAUUAUUAAGGCUUGUUUUUUGUGCUUGUAUUAUCAAACCGUCACGUAAAAGCCUCUAACUCCAUAUUUUCCCUGUUUGUUCUCUCAGUUUAUGUUGAAUUUCUAUGUUUCAUUCAAUAACAAAAAUUAAUAAGGUUACAUGAAUAAUGGGGAAAUUUCAACCUAUCUCGCCUAGAAAAAACAUAACUGUUAAUUGUAAACAUAAUCUUUGAAAAUGAAGAAUGAAGGCUUUUGAUUUUUUUAUAAUGCAAGACUACACUAAAUUUGUUGGAAUCGUCAUGAUGUUAUAGAGUAUGAUUUUUUUUAAAUAACAUUACAAUCACAAGCUAAUGCUUUUUGUUGAUAGAAUAUUUAACAUAUAGAUAUCAGUGGUGAAAUUUGUUUGAUUUAUUGCUUAUUUAUUGUCAAAUAGUUUGCAUUGUACUGUGUUUUGAAGUUUGGAGAAUGCUCAAUUAAACCAGAAACAAUUCAACAAAUAAUUCAGUAUUCAUUUUCUGAUAUUCUCCAUGUCUUUUAUGAUGACGAGUCUGAUAGCAUGCAUGUCAGUGCACAAAUUCAUUUUAAUUUUUUUAAUUUUUUUUUUACUUAAAAAAAAUAGUUUUCAAAAAGAAAACGUAUUUGAAAGUACAUUUUAGCACAUGAGUUUGAUAACUUCUAUUUGUACCUAUAUCUAAUUCAUAUCCUUCAAUACCUUAUUGGACACCACACAUAAAGUUCAAUAUUAAGUGUUAUUCAGAAAAUUGUGUAGCUAUACAAUUUUGAGAUUUCUAGCUCUUGAAUUUUUGUAUUCAUCACUUUCAUAAUUGUAAACAAGUUUUUAAUUCGCUUGUAACAUUAAUAUUUUGUAUUUAACAUUCAAUUUAAGGAAUAGAAAUCAGUCUUAUUUUCAACUUUUAAUAGAAUCCACAUAGUUUGGUAAGUGUACUGAGGGUUAUCGGGGUACGUGUAUCUAUUGUAGAGUGGACAAAAACUUACUUGGACAUUUUCAGAAAUAUUUUUUUUGAAGUUAAACACUUGGCAAACCCUAUGCAUGGCAAACUUCAAAAGUAUUACCAUCCAAUUGAGUUUUUCCGUCUAUAUUACACAGAAGUAAACUUUGAUCAUUUAACUGGAGCAUAACCUAGGUCAUUUACCCCUGAAAUUUCAGAAUGAACUAUUCCAGACAUUGAAUUGGAAGAGUUCAAAUGUGUUUUCAGGGGUGAAUGAGUUUAAAAAAAAUGUAUUUUUACAGACAUUUAAAUAUAUAUUAUAUCCCAUUUAUUAUCUUCUGAUUUUUAUCACCUUUUUAAUUGGUUUGGUGUUAGUGUCACAGUAAAACUGCAAUUACUGGUAAGAUAAUACAUGGGUGGCGGUUUAAUACAAAUGCUGCUAUAAUGAAUACCUAUAUCAACAUUAAUAGACGGACACGAAGGGAAAAUAUCCGUUUUAUAAACAGUGCCAUAUGAUUCUGGAAAUUGUAUGACUCAUUUAAAUAUUUUUUGUCAUUGUUAUAUGAGGACAACUAUUUGUUAAUUCUACAUAACAAUUCACCUUCACCAUAUUUCUGAUAAAGCUAAUUAAGCCUUACACCAACCAAUGAUCAGUUGAUUUAAAACUCCAGAGUCUGUAUUACAGUCAGUACAGUAUACAUCAUAAGACUGGUCUGUGGUAAAGUAUGGUAGGCAUUCUGUUUUGUAACAUUUGAUUUGAUGGAACAUGCUGCUUCUAACGUUCGGAUUUUGUGUGGUAAACAUUUCCUGUUUAGUUAGUUGACUGAUCAUGUUGGUUUUUAAACCAUUGCUCCUACCAAAUAAAACUACCCUUCGAAACAUUUCCCUGUAUGAUUUUGCCAAUUUCCUUUUUCAUUAACAUAACAUGUAUAUAUUGGUUUAUAGUUAAAAGCAUUAAAAUUUAUUAAUGGAUGUACAUCAUAAUUAUUCAAGUUUUAAUAGAUAAUUUUUUUUUUCAAUUUGUUUUGAGAAUUUUUGGCCUGGCUUUGUUCACCUUCUUUGGUUUCUUCAUAUAUCUUUAUUUACUUUGUUAAUUGUUGUGUACUGGCCCCUCCAGAUUUAUAUGUAUGGUAAAUAAAAUCUUUUCAUCACA